AUUUUGAGGAUCAAAGAAAAUAAUAGAUAUUGGGCUAUCAAUAAAGUAUCUCGAUUGCCAUACGUUACAAAUAACCAUUUCGAAUAUCCUCUACCAAAAGCUGAUCCUACAUUCCCCCAACAAAAGUUACAUG